CGGCGCGGGCUCCGCGUUCAAAGUGGCGGCGGGCGGGAGCGAUGGACGCGGACGCGGAGGCGCGGCGGGAGCCGGAACCACAGCUGCAGGAAGUUCUUGGGCGGGAUCUAACGGAAAAUGUAAGCCACUGUCCAGAUCUCCAGGUAUGGAAAUUAACAUCUGACAGACUAGGUUCGGGUUUGGUUGGACCUCUCCCCAUCAAAGAAAGCGGCCUUGAGAGGCGAUGGAGCUGACGCCUUAGAGAUCUCAGUGACUGACCAGAGUUUUGCUCCUCUUAUUGCUGAAUAUGAAAACUGUCAACGGGAGCUCACUGUGCAGCUGCAGUAUCACCAGGAAGAGCUGGGGAGAAUGAAAGUACAGCUUGGAAGUGUCAUCAAGGAGAAUGAGAGGUUGCACAGUGAGCUAAAAGAUGCUGUUAAGAAGCAGCUGGAGGCUCUGCCGUUUGACGAGGAGGUGGGGAGUGACAUCCAUGCCGAUGACGAGACAGUGAGGAAUCUCCAAGAACAGUUACAAGUAGCCAAUCAAGAGAAGAAUCAGGCCGUGGAACUCUGGCAGACUGCCUCACAGGAACUGGAGCGACUGCAGAGACUCUACCAGGAAUAUAUCACCAACACCCAGAUCCACGUCGCAGAAAGUCAGAAGCGAAAGGACCAGCUGACCAACUUCCAACAACUGACUGAGCAACUCCAUGUUACUAAUGAAAACAUGGAAAUGACCAACCAGCACUUUCUGAAGACGAUCUCGGAGCAGAGCGUGGAGAUCAGCCAGCUCCGCAGGCAGCUGAGGGAGGCCAAGUCGGAGCUGCGAGGCGCCGUGGCGAGAGUGGGAGAGUUGACCAAGAGGACUGGAGAGCUCCAGGAACAGAUGCAGAAGCAGGAGGGGGACGUGGCGUCUGCGCGGGGCAGAGAGGACGCGUCCGACAGGCGCCUGCAGCAGCUGCAGUCCAGCAUCAGACAGCUGGAGGCCAGGCUGCGCGUGGCCCUGCAGGACGCCAGCCAGCUGCGGGCGGAGCGGGCGCACCUGGAGCAGCAGAACACAGAGCUGCGGGCCCGGUGCGGCGAGCUGGAGGGGGAGAAGCGCGAGGCCGUCCAGCGGGCCAGGAGCAGCUCGCAGCUGCUGGAGGAGGCGAACUUGCAGAAGAGCCAGGCCCUGCUCGAGGAGAGGCACAGGGAGGAGGACAGGGAGAAGAUGCGGGAGGCGCUGGCCCGGGUGUUGCAGGACGCAGCCGUGAGGACCAGGAAGGAGGUCAUGAGUGUGAAGAAGCAGUGCAAUGCGCAGCUGUCCCAGAUGACAGAGGAGCUCUCGGCCCUCCAGAUGGAAUGUGCUGAGAAACAGAGCCAGAUCGACCGCGCCAUCAGGGAGAGAAAAGCAAUGGAGGAAGAGCUAGAAAAGAGCUGCCAGCAGGGCCGAGCGGCCGACGGCGGCCCCGGGAGGCUGGAGGAGAUGCUGGGCCGGUGGCAGCUGGCCGAGCGGGCCAAGGACGAGCUGCAGCUGCGGCUGAGGACCGCCGAGAGCAAGAUGAAGCGGCUGGAGGUCAGCUCCUCGGAAGAGAUCUCCCGGUGCCAGGAGCUGAUCCAGCGGCUGCAGGGCGUGCUGGAGGCGGAGCGGGAGAGCUGCGGGGCCGUCAGCGAGCAGAGGCUGCGGCUGCAGCAGGAGAACGAGCAGCUGCAGCGCGAGGCGGAGGAGCUGCGGAGGAGCGCGCUGGAGGCCCAGAAGACGGCCAGGCUGAAGGUCAGCACGAUGGAGCACGAGUUCUCCGUGAAGGCGCACGGGUUCGAGGUGCAGCUCCAGGAGCUGGAGGACCGGAACCGUGACUCCACCGCCGAGCUGCGGCGGCUCCUGGGGACACAGCAGAAGGCGGCCAGCCGCUGGCGGGAGGAGGCCAGGAAGCUCUCCGAGAGCGCCGAGGCGAGGAUCGGCGACCUGAGGGCCGAGCUGCGCAGGCAGAAGCACCACGCCCAGGAGCUGGCGUCUGAGCUGCAGGCGGCCAGAGACAAGGCACUCGAGAACGAGCAGCUCCUUCUCGAGCAGCAAGAAAAAGCCAAGAGGCUGCAGAGGCGGCUAAGUCAGGCCGAGCAGAGGGCAUCUGCUGCGGCCCAGCAGCUCAGCGCAGUGACAGCGCAGCGGAGGCGAGCAGCCUCCAUGGUGGACCUGAGACCGUCAAGUAACCCGGCGGGCGGCCGGAGUGCAGGGCUGUCCCGGCCCGGGCCUGAGACCAGCGAGGAGCCUGGCGGGACUGUUCCGGGCUGGGCCUGAGACCAUCUCGGAGCCCAGUGGACAGGACAGGGCCCCGCUGGCCGGCCGGAGUGCGGGACUGUCCCGGGCUGGGACUGAGACCAUCGCAGAGCCCAGUGGACAGGACAGGGCCCGCUGGCCGGCCGGAGUGCGGGACUGUCCCGGGCUUGGCCUGGGACCAUCACGGAGCCCAGUGGACAGGACAGGGCCCCGCUGGCCAGCCAGUGUGCAGGACUGUCCCGGGCUGGGCCUGAGACCAUCGAGGAACCCAGUGGACAGGACAGGGCCCCGCUGGCCGGCCGGUGUGCGGGACUGUCCCGGGCUGGGCCUGAGACCAUCGAGGAACCCAGUGGACAGGACAGGGCCCCGCUGGCCGGCCGGUGUGCGGGACUGUCCCGGGCUGGGCCUGAGACCAUCGAGGAACCCAGUGGACAGGACAGGGCCCCGUUGGCCGGCCAGUGUGCGGGACUGUCCCGGGCUGGGCCUGAGACCAUCGAGGAGCCCAGUGGACAGGACAGGGCCCCGCUGGCCAGCCAGUGUGCAGGACUGUCCCGGGCUGGGCCUGAGACCAUCGAGGAACCCAGUGGACAGGACAGGGCCCCGCUGGCCGGCCGGUGUGCGGGACUGUCCCGGGCUGGGCCUGAGACCAUCGAAGAGCCCAGUGGACAGGACAGGGCCCCGCUGGCCGGCCGGUGUGCGGGACUGUCCCGGGCUGGGCCUGAGACCAUCGAGGAGCCCAGUGGACAGGACAGGGCCCCGCUGGCCAGCCGGUGUGCAGGACUGUCCCGGGCUGGGCCUGGGACCAUCGCGGAGCCCAGGGCGGUGCAAGGCCCUGUCCCUCCAUGCCCACCCACUCUGCCCGCUGUGGGCCCCCAGGUCUGGUCACAGAGCUGGGGGAUGAGGCGGCCGAGAAGGGUCCCUGGGUCCCGGCCCAUUUCCGGGGAGAGCCAAGGCUCAGGCAGUGCCAGUCACGAGAAAGGGCUCCGGGGCGACGCUGGAUUCUGGCCGAGCUCGGGGAGUGCGGAGGAUGCUCGUCUCAGCAGCCGUCCACGCGCCUCUUCCGGGUGCCGAGUGGCUGUUGGAUACAAGUCAUGUCUAAUAAAUGUGCGA